AAUGGGAGCCAGAAAAAAAUAGAAGAUCAACAGCGCAAGAGGGAGGAAGAGAGGAAAAAACAAGAUUUAGGGUAGAACUCUCUUUUACUCAAGGAAAUCGGAUAAAAUAUAAAAAUAUAAUUUUUUUUUACAAUAUGCACUAGAAGGAAGAAAAAUAUUCAAUGAAGCGGAAAGUGAACUGUACAGCUGUUUAAGGAUCCUGUCAGAAUAUAUGAAAUUGAAAGGAAAUAGUAAAAUUUGAGUUUUCACAUUUUUAAAAAUAUUUUAUAAUAGCAAUUGUGACACAUGUUUCAAGCUAGUUUUUUUAUUCCCUAUCAUAUUCGUUUUUUUUCCUGACACUUCAACUUUAUUAAUUCAAAACAUGUUUGAUGCGUUUAAUUGAAUCUAUUUUUUUCUUUUACUUGUAUCAUGUCUGUGACAGACAUGCUUUACUGAGACAACACAAGGCUCAGAUGAUGCACAAGUCUAAAGUCAUCCAAGAAGAAUUGGUAUAUAAGUUUUUAAAUUAUUUUUCAUGUUACUGAUGAAACUACAUUUCUAUUUAGAUUUAAAACAAAAAUCAAAUAUAAUCACAGUUACUUAUGUAAUCUACACUGUAAAGGCAAAUCAAUAAAGCUUAACAGCCUCAAAUACUCAAAACUGUAUUUUCAUAUAUCUCGUAUGUACAUUAUAAAAUGCAGUGUUAGUUAAAAUAGAAAUGGGCAGGUACAGAACAGUGCAAUGUAAUAUUUUUCAGGAACAAGACAGAAAAUUGUUGCAGUCUCUGAUAGAAAAAGAAAACGAGCAGAUUUCUAUGCAGUCGGCAAGAAGAGAAAAGGCCAAGGCUGAUGCACAUUGGAUGAAGCAGGUCAUUAGAAAUAAUUUUCUGAUCAUAAUUUCAACUCUUCAUUGUUCAAGCUGAUUUAUACUUUUUUUGUGCUAUAAACUGCAAAGAACGGGAUGGCCAUCAAUAGUUAAGUUAUGAAGCCUAGAAAAAAAAGAAUGUCAUAUUUAUUUUAGAAACUGUUAACCCCUGAUAAAUCCAUUAUUUAAAUAGCAUCACAUUUAACAAAUUUUUACACAUUUUAAAUAAUUUGUCUUUGUGAGACAAGAGUAUUAAUUUUUAACUGUAGGCAAAUCAAUGAAAAAUUACUAAAUUACACAUUUUUAAUUUUUCGAAAAAUAUUCAAGUAGAAAAGAAAUGCUCAAAAAUAUAAAAAAAUAAAAUCCUUGUAUCUAUAAACUAUUUUUUUCAGGUCAUAGAGGAUCAACUGCGUUUAGAGAAAGCACGAGAGGCUGAGUUGGACAUGUUAUAUCAGUAAGUUUUGUUAUUUUUUUAGUUUAAAUUAAAAAAAAGGAAUGAAUUUUUUUUUGACCUAGCUGUUUUUUUUUUUUUUAAAUUAAAUUAAAAAAACAACAAUAUAAUAACAUUUUCAUUCAGUUCUCUAACUUUAAUGUAAGAUUUUCAUUUUAAAAUUUAAGUUCAUUUUUACCAGCAGUCUAACACAAAACCUUAAGAGAUUUUAAGCUUAUACUUUUAAACAAAAUUAUUCUCAUUCUAGAGAUGAAGCAGCUCGUAUGUGGCAGAAGAGAGCAGCAGAGUGGGAAAGAGAGCGACAGGCUUGUCAAAAGUUAAUUGCAGAGGUACACUAAUAUUUAAUGUUAAAUAACAGUGGGAAGUAUGUUGUCAGUUUGUUUCAAUAACUAACUUUAUCUUCUGCAUGGGAUUUAUUUAAAUUGUGAAAAAAUUGAAUAAUUGCUGCAAUAAGAAAUUAUGUGGAAUUUUUAGGUAAACUUCUCCAUUUGUUUAUUCAUGGUGUUAGCACUUUAGCAAGUAUUCAGUUCAGCAACUCUAUGAAACUGUUUCAAGAUGUCUGAUUAUUGUUAUACUUGUUGCCUUCAAUGGUGCAGGUCCUAAAGAGCAGACAAGAGCAGAUUGCCCUGAAGCUGGCAGAGCUCCAGCAGCAGCAGGAGGAAUCCUUGCAGCGCAGGGAGGAGCUGGUCAAAGAGAUGGAGAUAGCCCAACUGAUGACCAGGAGGGAAGAAGAAGAGCAGAAGUUGAAUAAACUUGUCAUCAAGGGGGAACUGGAGGAACAGGUG